AGAGAGAGAGAGAGAGAGAGAGAGGCACUAGCACUGCAGGACUAAGCUGCUCCCCUUUCAGACUGUGGCAAACGGAACAGACUGUUGAUUGUGGUAGGACACAGUGAUCAUAUACCAGCAGACUGAAUCUUUUGAGAGCUACUUCUUCAUUGAUAUGGGGUAUGUGACAGAAUGAAGGAGGAAGAAUUUCAGCACGGAAACAGAUUCAGCUGCCAAAAGCACAAUUAAGAAGCAGGCACUGCCUGGCUACCAGAAGGAGAGGAUGCGUGAGCUGGCACACGGUUUUGAAAGAGAGAGGGACGUUUUACAUUAGAUUGCAAGGUCAAGCCAUGGCACAUCUUAUACCUAUGCUGGAACAACAAGCCUUGAAAACAGGCCUGUACACCCUGCCCCCUGUCUGAGUGGCCCAUCACAGCCCUGCAUUCUUGUUUCAUGAUGGUACCUGCUAGCUUCCUGGUUCUGAUGUUUCUGCUGAUACCUCAAGCCUGGUCGAGUCCCGAGGGUGGAUCGAGCAGCGGGCCCCCCCAGCCUGUUAUGGAGCCCAGCCUUGCCCAGGCCAUCCAGACCCUCCUCCUGACAAGGCUGGGACUGAGGAGCCUCCCGACACCCCGCCCUGGAGUCCUGAUCCCUCAGUACCUGCUCCACCUCUACCGCUUCCACUCCCAGGAGUUCCACCUCAUCCAGGACUCGGGGUUUGUAUUCCCAGCCGGGCACACCCAGAACGCCAACACUGUGCGUGGCUUCCAUCACCUGGAGGCCCUUGAAGACUUGUCUUCCAGUCCUCUACAGGAGACCCAGCAGUUCCAUUUCACUUUCAACGUCUCAUCUGUUCCUCAAGACGAGCAAGUGACCUCAGUCGAGCUACGUUUCUACCGUCGAGACAACUUGGGCCACACAGACUCUGGUUUACAAAGGGUUAACUUAUAUUACGUCCCUGAUCACGACCCCACUCUUCACUCUAAGAAGAAUGCCCAGCUUCUGGAAUCCAAACUGCUGACAAGCGACCACGGUUCCGACCAGUGGGAGAGCUUCAACGUCAGUUCUGAUGUCUUUGACUGGGUUGGCAGAAGAGCUGGCAACUUGGUUUUCAUGUUGGAGGUAAUUCACCUUAAUGGGAGCCACCCUUAUUUGAAACAGAUAGGACACCUUAGAGUCAGACGAUCUGUGGACCAGGAUGAGUCUAGCUGGGCUCACGAGAGACCCUUACUGGUCACCUACAGCCAUGAUGGGCGAGGGCAGCCUUUGGCGCCCAAGGUCACAAAAAGGCACGGCAAAAGCCAGCAUUUUGUUCCAAGGGUGAAAGGUUGGGUGAAAGACCAGGAGAGUGGUCACAAAAGGGCCAAUGGACUCGGAACUGAUGGGAAAAGAGUCAAAAGGAACGGGAAAAGGAACCAGAAACUAAAAAAGUUAGCAAUGGCUCGUUGCAAAAGACAUCCCUUGUUUGUUGAUUUUAAGGACGUGGGCUGGAAUCAGUGGAUUGUUGCUCCCAGUGGGUACCACGCCUACUAUUGCCAAGGGGAAUGCCGCUUCCCUUUAGCAGACCACAUGAACUCCUCAAGCCAUGCAAUGGUCCAGACUUUGGUGAACUCUGUCAACCGCAAGGUCCCGCGUGCCUGCUGUGUCCCAACCGAGCUCAGCUCCAUCGCCAUGCUCUACCUGGACCAACACGAACGUGUGGUCCUCAAGAACUACCAGGAGAUGGUGGUGGAGAGCUGCGGCUGCAGAUAAAAACCAGACGAUGUGGUCAUAGGGGUCUUACCAGAGCACAACGCCACCAUACACAGCAGCACCCAGCUCAAACACAACAUGACUGCUUUCAAACUGUUCUGUAAAGUAUUUAUUCCUAACAAAAAAUAGUUUCAAAAUGGUUGUUCGCAGUUAGCACAUAUACAAAACAGUAUUGCCUGUACAUAAGUGAGAUUUCUCAACACUGUUUAUUACUCACUGUUGCAAAUUUAUUUUAAAACAUGGUUUAUAGAUGUUUAUCCAUUAAUCACCUGCAGAGGUGUAAUGAUUCACCGUGAUACUUUCUUUACAUGACAUAUUGUAUUGUAAUAGAUAUAUAUAUAGUUUGCAUUGUGACACAAUGCCAGAAGCACAAUUGUUCUUGAAUGAAGAAUAAGUGUGCAUCAUAGCUGGUAUGUAUGUAUACGGACGUUCAUUUUUUGAUUUUAACAAAAUAGUCCGUCAUUUAAUGAUUCCAGUAUGCAUCCUAUAGGUAACCCAACAGGACCAUCACAUGCAUAGUGACCUGCACAUUGCGAUACGUAUUGGGUAUCGUGACAGCCCUAUCUGGUAUGACAGUGGUGAGCACCUCUAUUUCAUCUUCUCAACACUAGUUUGCGUGUGCUUCGAAAAAAAGUCCCGUUCAGUCAGCUUUUUGAAUGAAACAGAGAGUUCAUUCUCCAAAUGGUGGGGAAUAAAAUAACUAAAAUAAUUACCCCAGCAGAUUCCUGUGAAACAAAUCUAUCAAAAAUAAAUGGCAGUUGUGUUUAAAAAUAAAUUUGUAGCAGUAAGUCCAUGGUCUACAGUAUAUAAGCAGUUGAAUUCUUACUCUCUCCACUGAGGAGAUGGGAUUCCUACUAAUUUACAGAAACCGUUUCAGUGUUAAAAGUUAAAAGUUAAAAGGGAGCAAUGGUGUAUAUUUCUUAUGGUUAAUUCUGGGUGUGACCCAGAAGUUCAAUGACUUUUCAAAGUGUGUUAAAGUGCUCUACUUCAGGGUGUGUGGCUAACUUUUCAGAGUUCCAUAUAGAACAGAACAGUCGCACCAUAUCCACGAAGCCUGCUUUUAAUUUGACAUAUUUUUGACACCAUUAACGGCCCAAAUAAGGUCUUUAAGUUAAAUUAACACGUUACACAUGGUAUUUGUCUGAGGAAUGCAGUCCUUUUAGUAUUGCACAUAUAGCUAGUUCAUUUAUUACACAACCAUGGCAGAAUUUUUUUUUUUCUUUUUAAUGUAAAUGUGUGCAAUGAGGACUGUGAAAUUCUCAAAGCUCUUUACUUGAAAUACUAUUAGCACAUUAUUUUACUGAAAGGAUAAACGACCUAUCACAAUUCUAGAACUUUUAACUUGAGACUAGUGACCAGCUGCUAACUUACAAAGUAUUUCAGUUGGUAACUUUAUUGAGCUUGGUUGUCCUUCCUAACUACAUUGGGCUAAUGGAGAUUUGGAGUAGAGCUUUGAGAUAUACAGCCUUCAAAAUGAUGAAUGAAAUGUGUGGUAUUUCAUGUUAAAAUUACUUAUAUUAUCAACGUAUGAAAUUAAAGCUGCUUCUAAUCCUAAUUAUAUUGUUCAAGGUACUGCUAGAUAGAGCGUGUUGGAGAUAAUGAAUAUCCACAUUAGGGGACCUUUUUAACAACUAUACACUGUUGUACCAGCAAAGGAUGUCUUUGGAUCCUAAUUUGCAAACAGAAUGCAGACACUUGCAAUUUUACCAUUGUGAAGUACACAUUUAAGACUCCUCAACCAAACACCUUUAAGUAUCUGUCAUCUUAAGAUUUCUUUAACUAUUGCAAUAUGUUAAUAUAUUUAUUUGUAAACAUAUAAUAAAAAAGUUUUGGUAACAA